UUGACGGGCCCGUCGAGAGUACAAAUAAAAAAAUAUAGACAAAAAAACGUUGCACCCGGUGGAGGAGAUUCCGAUCUGGUGCUCCAGCGCCGAGACAGUGCAUCUGCCCCAUCCCCGUCGGGUCAACGAGUGAAAAGGGAAUUGUCGGGGUACAAUGGAGCCCUGAAGACAAGUGUCUCCUCUGACUGACAAUAGUGCGACGUUGAGGACAAAUCGGGGAAAACAUGGAUGAAAACCUCAGUCGGGGUUACGUGCAGCUUGGCAAGGCGAGGGGUAUGAACGAGUUCAAGUUCAACAAUGGGCUUAAUCAUCUCACACCCCCGGUUGAUCGCUGUGGCUUUAUUUAUCUCGCGCUUAUACUCGCUGGUGUGGGAUUCCUUCUACCUUAUAACAGCUUCAUCAGCGCCGUUGAUUACUUCCAAACUCGCUACCCAGGCACAACAAUCGUCUUUGACAUGUCCGUUGUUUAUAUAACAAUGGCAUUCUUCGCUGUUUGCGCUAACAAUAUUCUUGUAGAGACGGUCUCCCUCAACACGAGAAUUACCUUCGGAUAUUUAGUGUCCGUCGUUACACUCAAUUUCGUGCUUAUCUCGGAGAUCUGGUGGGAGUUCUUUGGGGUGACUUCCUCGUACACUAUCAAUUUGAUUGCUGUCGCUGUUGUGUCAGUCGGAUGUACAGUGCAACAAUCGAGCUUUUAUGGGUACACUUCGAUGCUACCGAGCCGAUAUACACAGGCAGUGAUGACUGGAGAAAGUGCUGCUGGUUUCUGGGUGUCGAUGAAUCGAAUAAUAACAAAAUCCCUAGUGGACGACGAGCGUGGAAACACAUCAAUGUUCUUCGCCCUGUCCAUCAUGACGAUAUGUCUCUGCUCAGUUCUCCACAGGAUUCUGAGGAAAACUGAAUUUGUGCAGUUCUACGUGAACCUCUGCCAAGAGCGGAAUAAAAUAACCCUGGAGCCCACCGAAGAUGUGGGACUAAUGGACCCACUGGACCAGGUCGGGGACCCCUCCAAGGGUCAGUACGGGGUUCUGAAGCUCCAGACGAGUCCCCUGGGGCCGGAGGCCACCCCUGGAGACGCCGGCGGGGCGCAGUACUCGGCUUUCUCAUUCAGCAAUCCCGUUUACGAACCCAAUGCACCUUCUGGAAACGCGCCUGGAAGUGCUGGACCCACUUACAAGGUUGAGGAUGUCGUCGUGAUGAAGGGGACUUAUGGGGGACAGGGGAGCAAACCCUGGUCGGGAAUCAAACGAGGGCUGCUAGCGAGGCUGGAAGUAGCCAAACUGAUCUUUCCCUACAUGGGAAGUAUCGGCAUAGCCUACUUCGUGACCCUCAGUCUCUACCCAGGAAUAGUCUCGGAGAUAAUCUCCUGCAAGUUCGAGUCCUGGAUGCCGGUGAUCCUGAUGGCGACGUUCAACGGCGCCGAUCUCCUCGGCAAGAUGCUGGCGUCCAUCCCCUACGAAUGGACGAGAAGCCAGCUCCUCUACUUCUCCGUAGCAAGGGUGGUCCUCAUCCCCCUGUUCCUCCUGUGCGCAAUUCCCAGGCAGAAUCCCAUUCUCGCCGGUGAGGGGUACCCCCUGCUGUUCUCCUGGCUCCUGGGGCUGACCAACGGCAUCGUGGGGAGUGUUCCCAUGAUCCAGGCACCCAGCAAAGUCCCCGAGGAGCACAGGGAACUCACCGGAAACAUCAUGACCCUGUCCUAUACCACUGGACUCACCCUCGGCUCUUUCCUCGCUUACGUUCUGGACGCUUUCCUCGGGCAGCCCAUGACCAUCAAGCAACUCUGCCCCAAGGCACUACCAACUGUCAUCGGCAACUCCAGCAUGACCACAGUGACGAUGAUUGCGAGCACCACUCAAGCCACUGUUAAAAAGAUCACGAAAAUUCCAAGCCUCAGGAGCACUGCAACCACUGCAUUGACGACCUUUUUCACUACCUCAGUCGUUGCUAACACGACUGUCGGAUUACUCGAGACUGUUGCCUUCAACUCCACCACGGCCAUGCCUGUGGUACUCGCUAAUGCAUCAUCCACCAUCAGCAAUGCUAUUCUUCAGCAUUAAGGGGUGGGUUUAGGGGUAGAUUCUUCGAUUUCUCUUGGUUCGGGUUUGUAUGGUUUUAGGGGUCUUUUAGUUAUACUUCCAGUACAAAACACAUAUCUGAGGCUUUCGUGGAUUUUUUGGGGUGCGGGUUCAAUGCAUAUC